UCAGCCGAUAGAGGGCGUUUGUUUUGUUAUAAAACCACGCGUUUCACUCCAGAUAAACAUUACCAAAACUCGCGUCUAAAUUGUUAUUUUGUUUGUCACAAGUUGUGAUUUUGGAAAUCAAAAAUGUUGCAAUUAGUCGACAGUGUUGAAUCAUUUGAUGCAUUAUUAAAAGAUGCAGGGGAUAAAAUGAUCUGUGUUGAUUUUUCUGCCUCGUGGUGUGGACCCUGUAAAGUCAUCGGACCAAAAUUUGAGACGAUAGCCAAGGAAAUGGAAGGAAAGUUUAUUGCUUUAAAAGUUGAUGUUGAUGAUGUAGAAGAAUUAGCAGCAAGGUAUAAAAUAAACGCAAUGCCAACAUUUAUUAUUAUUAAAGGUGGAGAAAAGGUUGAUGAACUAAUCGGAGCAAGUGAAGCGAAACUCAAAGAACUUAUUAAUAAACAUGUUUAAAUAUUUUAUUCUCAGAUAUCCAUUUAUUAAAUUGAAAUCAUGAAAGUAAUUCUUAAAUUAUUUCUAUUUACAUCAAUUUUUAUUCUGUCAGAUUUAAACAUAUAAAAAAACAUAUAUUCUAGUUAUUCAGUAAUCCUGUGUUACUUAAAAAGGCUGCAUUACCUAUUUUUAUUUUUUAAACUAGUCUCAUUAAUUACUGCAUGUAAAUUGUUUAGCCUAGGGCCCUUAUUCACGAAAACUUAAACUAAGAUAUAAUCGAAAUUUUAAGAAAUACAUGUACUACAAUUCGAUUGGCUGACCAGUAAAAUCAAUUUGCAUAUAUCCAAUGAAGUUGCAGUAUUUCUUAAAAUUCUGGUUGUAACUUAGUUUAAGUUUUCGUGAAUAAGGGCCCUGGUCACAGUCAGUAAUUCUAAAAAAAAAAAUUGAAUGAAUCCAGAAAUGCACAGUGAGCUCAAUCAAAUAUGCAACCCUGAUGAAUGUUAUUGACCAUAAAUGAUACUGGAUAAUCUGGAUAAUGAUACAUUGGUAUAAACAACAUGAGAUAAAUGAUACUGGAUAAUCAUAACAUUAGUUUAAACAACAUGAGAUAAAUGAUACCGGAUAAUCAUACAUUGGUAUAAACAACAUGAGAUAAAUGAUACUGGAUAACCAUUCAUUGCUAUAAACAACAUGAGAUAAAUGAUACUGGAUAAUCGUACAUUGGUAUAAACAGCAUGAGAUAAAUGAUACUGGAUAAUCAUUCAUUGCUAUAAACAGCAUGAGGUAAAUGAUACUGGAUAAUCAUACAUUGAUUUAAGCAACAUGAGAUAAAUGAUACUGUCCUGAAAAUAUGAUGUUUAUGAGAUGUUAUUUAGCCCAUAUUUUUAGAAAACCUUGUCUGAGAACCCAAAUAUUUGUGUUCGAUGGCCUAAGGGUCCCACAAUAUGCAAUUAUUUUAAGAGUUUGAUUUUGAAUUUCAAUAGUUUAAUUUUGUUAAUAAUUUCACUGGAUUAAUCUUGGUACGAGGCUAUAAUUAUUGUUAACCACCAGUUUGUUUAUUUGUAUUAAUUUUGAAUAAUAAAUCCUUUUUUUUAAAAGAA